UGUGGAGGUCGUGGGUUCGAACCCGCUUGAGGGAAAUGAUUUUCUAAAUAAUCAAAAAAUGAUUGUAAUUCCAGUUUUUGACCAAUUAUAUCUAUUUUCGGCCUCUCUUUAUUUUUUAUAAUAAAAGAAUACAUGUUUCUUUUGGUCAUAUUUUUGGAUUCACUUGAGGGAAUGCUUCGUCUACCUAUAAUUUGGGGUCGUAGGUUCGAACCCGCUCGAGGGGAUUGAAUUUUUUAAUAUCUGAAAAUGAUUAUACUUCCAAGUUUUGACCAAUUUUAUUGAUUUUCGGCUUCCUUAUUUUUUUCAGUGAUGUUUUUUGCUUCCUUCACAUUUUAUUUUGGGUCGUGGGUUCGAACCCGCUCGAGGGGAUUGAAUUUUUAAAUAAUCGAAGAUGAUUUUAAUUCUAAUUUUUGAUCAAUUUUAUUAAUUCCGGCCUCUCCUUAUUUUUAUUAUUUAAUUUUAGAAGCCUUAACGGUUAAUGAAUCUGGUGGAAUGCCGCCUACUUUUGUCCCACAAAUGACAGGAAUGAUUGGUGGUGGACCUUUUGGUGGAGGUAUUACUGGAGGUGUUUCUUCCCAAUUUUCUUUGGGCUCACAAUCAGUGCAGCAAGGUGCUCCACCAUUUUCGCAGCAGCCACCUCAGGUUUUUUCUUUAAUAAAUUUCUGAAAUUUUUGGAAUUCUUUGAAGUUUGUUGGGCUUUCGUUUUUUAUUUUCUCCUAUUUCCUUUGUAUAUUCGAGGAGCUUGGGUUUGGUUCUGUUGUAGAAAAUCCGAAACCUGUCUUAAUUGUGGUGAUUUAGCGUGGGUGCAACUACAUGUUAUUAAUAUGGGUCUUUGUUAUAAAGAUGGAUGGAGACUCUUGAGGUUCUCAGC